AUGCUCUCUCCCGCGGGCUGUAACGGACCGACGAGGGCCUUGGUUCUUGCCAGUGCUGUAGACUUGUCCUUUUGCGCCGGCGCAGAUCUGAAGGAGCGUAAGACCUUCAGCCAGAAGGAAACCGCCGAAUUCCUGUCGAACGUCCGCAGCACCUUCAACGCCAUCUCUGCCCUGCCUAUACCCUCUAUCUGCGCUAUCUCCUCAAUCGCCCUCGGGGGCGGCCUUGAACUUGCUCUUACAACAGACUUCCGCGUUCUCUCAUCUAAUGCUGUAGUUGGUCUUCCUGAAACUCGCUUGGGCAUUAUCCCUGGCGGCGGCGGCUGCCAUCGUCUCCCCCCCCUGAUUGGCCCUUCCCGAGCUCGUGAUGUUAUCCUUACUGGCCGCCGCGUUGCUGCCCCAGAGGCGUACUUCCUUGGCAUUGCGAAUAGGCUUGUUGAGGUACAGCAACCAGAAGAGGUGCCUGAGGGUGGCGAGAAGGAGGAUGUGCUGUCCUUGGCGAGGAAGGCGGCGUUGGGUGAGGCUGUAAGAUUGGCACAGGAGAUUUGUGAAGGAGCGCCAGUGGCAAUCAGGGCUAGUCUAGAGGCGGCAAGAUGGGCGACAGAAGAUAAGGAAAACCAGAUGUCUGAGCGUGUUGUAGUUACAGAGGAUAGAAAUAGGGCGCUUAAAGCAUUUGCUGAAAAGAGGAAAGCUGUCUUUAAGGGUUACUAG